AUGGUUUGCGUCGCUGCUUUCAUCCUAAUAGCGGAACAAUGGAACCGGGAGCAGAGUCGAUUAGUUUUUGCAGUUAACGAUUUUUCAUAUCCCAACUAUGGUGUAUUUCAGCUUCCUGACGAUAACCUGUUUCCUGUGCCCAAAGAUCCACAUAUUGUUACGACUAAGACCGUAGUUGAUCGUAUUGGCACGCACGUUCAGCUCUAUUGCUCACAUAGAUGGCGCGAUUACAGCAUAAUUAGUAAAAUAAGUGAUAAUCUUAAUGAUAUAUCAGAAGACGCUGCCUAUGCUUUUCUCUCACCAAUAAUGGAUAAAAAUGGUUGCCGCAGUGAUAUAAUGCGAAUGAUGGAAAGAAAAAAAGAAAAAAGUUUAAUUAAUACGCUUUUCGGAUACUCUGUACCACGCUGGUCCAACUAUGGGGGUACAAGUUGUUCGCCUAAGGUGAUAGCCGAACUAGCCUUCGAGGGAGUUAUCGAUGUGCAAGGAUCGUAUAGAAACUUCGUUCCACCAACUAGAAAAACAUCCUUAUCUAUUGAUAUUAACAAGCCAUUUCAAUUAUCGGAUCUCGUCUACCAGGGACAAGUCUACACUGGCUCUGAUUGGCAACACAAUCAAAGAGCACUUGCCUGGUACGAAGGUCACUUGCAUAUAUUUAAAAAUACCAAACGCGGAAGCUGGUUACCGUUUACAGAUUUAGGGGCGGAGAGGAAAAAUGGAGAUUUGAUUUACAAACAUAUGCUCCAAAACCAUCGAUCAUUUUCGAGAACACAUAACGAAUUGAUUGGUUAUGUUUCAAAUAUUGCCGGUGGGCAUGGGGAUUUAGAAGCUAAAUUACAGAACCCUACUUUCUUGGAUCAAGUCGAUAGUCACGCAUCAACGAUCAAGCACAAUGUUGAGAAGGUGAAACUAGAGCCACUUUCGCCACUUUCUAUUCGCGGAACUCAAAGUUUUAUUAGCGAUCAGAAACCAUAUGGUAAAUCAAGUAGGCCAGAGAAGAUUUAUAAUCUGAAUUAUAUUGGACAAUACGCUCCCGCACGGAGAUUACCGUAA